AUGUCCCCUCCACAACAUCGCGCAGAUCGACCGCCGGGCCGCGAAGCCGUCGUUAAGGAGCGGUUUUUGGAGCCGUACGAAGAGGUCCCAGACGGGCGAACAUGCGGUUUUUCGAUGACCACGCGCGAUGUGGUAUCUGCUUUUUGCUAA